AUGUUCGUGAAUGGUCGUCCGCUACCGGACUCGACUCGUCAACGGAUCAUAGAGUUAGCGCACUCCGGCGCCCGCCCCUGUGAUAUAUCCCGAAUUUUGCAGGUAUCCAAUGGCUGCGUCUCCAAAAUCCUCUGCCGCUACUAUGAGACCGGAUCAAUUCGACCGAAGGCAAUCGGAGGCAGCAAGCCGCGAGUUGCCACGCACACGGUGGUGAACAAAAUCUCCCAGUACAAACGCGAAUGCCCGUCCAUCUUCGCUUGGGAGAUUCGAGACCGCCUUCUCCAGGAUGGGGUCUGCAAUCAGGAGAACGUUCCAAGUGUAAGCACCGCCCUUUACCUUUUAUCUCACUCAGAGGAAAUAACCUGCAUUACAGUCAGUGACCGAUCGCAUUAA